AAACCAUUACGACAAUCGUGUGGAGUACAAAAGGAUUGAACGAAAAUUGGCUGAGGCUUACGAAAAGUCCUUUAAAAAAGUAAAACAAGAAAUGAUAAAAUCGAUCGAAGAAAGAGGUAAACAAGAAAGAAAACAGUCAGAUUCCUUUGAAUACUUCAAAGACAAACUUUGCGCUGAAAUACAUGCCACGGUUGUAGAACUAAAUACAGCGGUGGAUGACGUGGUGAACAAAAAAGGCCAAGAAAAGUGGCAACUCCAAUUUCAAAUUAUGUGGGAUCGCAACAAGAACGACCAAGAUUUUAAUUGGAGAUUGAAACUGAAAAGCGCCUACGAUACACUGUUCCAUUACGACAAUCGUGUGGAAGAAUACAAAAAAAAGAUGCGUCAGGAAAUCAACGCAUUUUUCAAGAAUUCAAAAGUUACCGACUGGAAAGACAAUGAAAAGAAUAAAAAAUUUGAAGACAUGUUCAAAAAAAUCUUGGAUGAAGCGAAAAAUGAAUUUCCUAGCACAGACGUUCAACGUGAAAUAAAAGCAAGUGUGUCAGAACAGCAGCGUGAUAAAGAAAAAACAAAUUGAAAUAAAUUGGACUAAUAAACUCCCUAUUGAUCCAAACCUGCCAGCAGGGAAGAAUAACAAAGACCAAAAGUCAAGUGGCUUGAUUGAAUAUUUAAAACGUCUUGGUUCUACCUUUAUUAAUGACAACGGCAAUGAGAGAGAAAAGAAAAAACAAAAUCCCGUCAACAUGUGUGCUGAUUCUGUUAACGACGCCGUAAACAGAAUCACAGCUGGGACGCUCUGUUAUGACAAUAGCAUAGUUUCUCAUGUUAUUCGUGAAAUAGAUUCAAAACUUAGCGAACACCAACUUGGUGAGAAUUCCGUUGUUGAGAGUAUGUUUCAGUAUGGUAUGGAACUUACAGUCAAUUUGAUGAAGAAAGUUCAAGAUCAAUGGGAAAAAGAGAACUCUGUGCCAGCGAAACUCGAGUCCAACAAAGAAAAUCUGCGUUGGUAUUAUUUCAUGAUGGUGUCAAAUGGCGUGGCAAAGACCAAACUGUUCGCUACUUACAUGGCAGACUUAUUGGAAGAACACAUUAUUCCAGCAUUUGAAAAUGAUAUGGUGCAGAGGACUUGUCGAAGAAUUCGAAACGAGCGUUGGCUAUACGACGCCAGAUACAUGCAAAAGCACAUGGAUCUCCAUUUGAUCGACUUGCUGGAAAGAAAUCAACUGGAUCAAGUACUCGAUUAUUUAAGAAAUCCUCAGUGGUUUUACGCAGACGUGCUCCACCUCUUAAUCGCUCAAAAGGUCCCCCACGUCGACGAACAAUGGAGAAGUUUCAAAAAUCGUUUGAGAGAUGCAAUUAGCAAAGCGGCAGCAGUCGAAGUCGACAAAGAAAAAGCGCAAACUUUUGUCGAUCAUUUACGAAAAGAAUUUUUAGAUGGUUAUUUGCAGAGCGAAAUUUUGGGCUCGGCAUUUCGAAUCGAUUGCAGUGGCGAAUACGAAGACUGCGACAACGAAGAGAAGGAGGAAUUUCAAAAGACCUGCUUGAAAACAUUAAUUGAAGUGCUAGAAAAGCAAGAAGCUAUUAAAGAUAAAAACAAAUUUUCAAAACAACUGAGUCCAAAAGUGGUCCAGUAUAUGAAAGAUGUGAACGAUAAAGCAGCUUUGCCUCGAUGCGACGCUUUUUGUCAAUUGUGUAAGAGUCUGUGCAUCGAAGCGGCCAAUCACGACACACAAGACAGACCUCAUGAUGCAGUCCAUCAACCAGGGGGAGUUGCAGGACUAUCUUACAUACACACUGAUGAAUUGGUUCACAUGACAUGCAGUCAAUCUUACGAAGAUGAUCGUACAUUUCAACUUGACGAUUCGACUGUCUCUUAUCUAUACAGAGAAUAUGCCAAGGUCUUUCCCGGAUGGAGAAAUCCUCGCAUCAACGAAGAAUUGCCAUUGCGCGAAUACAUUUUAACCACUUACAACAACGAAAUUGCCAAAAAAUACAAUGAGAAACCUUCGACGCAAAUCCCCCCUUCAAGAACUUUGUCCGACAUCAAGGAACAACUGGAAAGGGAAAUUGCGGAUUGACGAUACACAAUGAAAUUUUAUCACAUUUUGUUGAAUAAUUAAAUUUUCAAAAUUUCAAAUAGGAUGUCAUAACCAAUGACUUUCACUUGUAGCUGAGUUAGUUACACUUGAGCAUUAUUCAAGUAUUUGUUCUUGAUUAAACUUAUGUUGUAAUAAACUGAUCGUUGGUUGAA